AGCGGCGGGGCUGCAGUGCCCGCAUCCCCGGGCAGCCGUGCCGCCUUCUCCCGUCGCUAUGGGCCGCGGGGUCGGCCCGUUCCGCCGUUUGCUGCUGUCGCUUCUACUUCUACCCACUGCCGGGACGGGAGGACGGGGAGAUGCCUUAAGGGUGGGGGAACCGGAGGAGGCGGCGGAGGAGAUGAUGGAGUACCGCGACCCUUGUAAAGCCGCUGCCUUUUGGGGCGAUAUCGCUUUAGAUGAAGAUGAUCUGAAGCUGUUUCAAGUAGACAGAACUGUUGACUUAACAAAGCACUCAGAUGGCAACGCAAGACACACUUCAGGAGGCCUGGGAGAACAGACUCUUGUGCCAAGUGAGAACGCCACUUCAACCGAUCGUAGUAACAAAGCAGUUAAAAAGGACGGCAGGCAGAACACAACGCUUGCGAGGAGGCCGAAGAGGAAGGAAUAUAAAGAUGAGUCUGGGAUGGAUACACGCUCCUCUCCCAGAGUGCGCAGGGCAACCACAGCCAGGGCUGAGAGGAUCUGGCCAGGGGGAGUCAUCCCCUAUAUGAUCGGAGGAAAUUUCACUGGAACGCAAAGAGCUAUCUUUAAGCAAGCGAUGAGGCACUGGGAGAAGCACACUUGUGUGACGUUUGUGGAGAGAACUGAUGAAGAGAGUUUCAUUGUGUUCACAUACAGAACAUGUGGAUGUUGCUCAUACGUGGGUCGACGAGGAGGGGGCCCUCAGGCUAUAUCCAUUGGAAAGAACUGUGACAAGUUUGGUAUUGUGGCUCAUGAGCUGGGUCAUGUGGUGGGUUUCUGGCAUGAGCACACACGACCUGACAGGGACCAGCAUGUCACGAUCAUCAGAGAGAACAUACAGCAAGGUCAGGAGUACAACUUUUUAAAGAUGGAAGCUGGGGAAGUGAACUCACUGGGGGAGACCUAUGACUUCGACAGCAUCAUGCACUAUGCUAGGAACACAUUCUCCAGAGGGGUUUUCCUCGACACCAUCCUUCCCCGUCGUGAUGAUAAUGGGGUCCGGCCAACUAUUGGUCAGCGUAUUCGCCUGAGUCAGGGAGACAUCGCUCAGGCAAGGAAGUUGUACAAAUGCCCAGCUUGUGGAGAGACCUUGCAGGACUCAACAGGGAAUUUCUCAGCCCCUGGCUUUCCAAAUGGCUACCCCUCCUAUUCUCACUGUGUUUGGAGGAUCUCGGUGACCCCAGGGGAGAAGAUUAUGUUAAACUUCACAUCAAUGGACCUAUUUAAAAGUCGCCUUUGCUGGUAUGACUAUGUGGAGGUACGUGAUGGCUACUGGAGGAAGGCUCCAUUACUGGGUAGAUUUUGUGGUGACAAGAUCCCUGAACCGGUAUUCUCCACGGACAGCAGGCUAUGGAUUGAGUUCCGGAGCAGCAGUAACAUCCUGGGCAAAGGCUUCUUUGUGGUCUAUGAAGCUAUUUGUGGUGGAGAAAUUCACAAAGAUGCUGGCCAGAUCCAAUCUCCCAAUUACCCAGAUGACUACAGACCUUCCAAAGAGUGCAUCUGGAAGAUCACAGUUUCUGAGGGCUUUCAUAUAGGAAUCACAUUCCAAGCCUUUGAGAUUGAAUGGCAUGAUGCGUGUUCUUAUGACUACCUGGAGAUCCGAGAUGGCCUCACUGAAUACAGCCCACUGAUCGGUCACUUCUGUGGCUACGAGAAGCCAGAAGAUAUCAAAUCCAGUUCAAAUAAAGUAUGGAUGAAGUUUGCAUCUGAUGCAACCAUCAAUAAAGCAGGCUUUGCAGCAAAUUUCUUUAAAGAGAUGGAUGAAUGUUCUCUGCCAGACAAUGGUGGCUGUGAGCAGCACUGCGAGAACACACUGGGCAGUUACAAAUGCACCUGCGAGCCUGGCUAUGAGUUGACAGCUGAUAAAAAGAGCUGUGAAGCUGCCUGUGGGGGCUUCAUCACCAAGCUCAAUGGGACCAUUACUAGCCCUGGAUGGCCCAAGGAAUAUCCUACUAACAAAAACUGCGUCUGGCAGGUGGUAGCUCCAGCCCAGUACCGGAUCUCUCUGCAAUUCGAAGUGUUUGAGCUGGAAGGCAAUGAUGUCUGUAAAUAUGACUAUGUUGAGGUUCGUAGUGGGUUGGCUUCUGACUCCAAGCUGCAUGGCAAAUUCUGUGGCUCAGAAAAGCCUGAAGUAAUCACGUCGUAUGGCAACAACAUGAGACUGGAGUUCAAAUCAGACAACACAGUCUCCAAGAAAGGCUUUAAAGUUCACUACUUCUCUGACAAGGACGAAUGCUCCAAAGACAACGGUGGUUGCCAGCACGAAUGUAUCAACACCUUUGGGAGCUACAUAUGCCAGUGCAGAAAUGGCUUCAUGCUGCAUGAAAACGGCCAUGACUGUAAAGAAGCUGGUUGUGAGCACAAGCUGAGUGGUGCAGAGGGAACGAUGAGCAGUCCAAACUGGCCUGACAAGUACCCCAGCAGGAAAGAGUGCACCUGGGACAUCUCUGCAACACCUGGCCACCGAGUGAAAGUAACCUUCAAUGAGUUUGAGAUUGAACAGCACCAAGAAUGUGCCUAUGACCACUUGGAAAUGUAUGAUGGGCCCAACAGCAAGUCACCUGUCCUUGGCCGCUUCUGUGGCAGCAAGAAACCAGACCCGGUAGUGGCUUCUACCAACAAGAUGUUCCUCAGGUUUUACUCUGAUGCUUCUGUGCAAAGAAAAGGUUUCCAGGCAAAGCACAGCACAGAGUGUGGUGGGCUCUUAAAGGCUGAAGUACGAACUAAGGAGCUGUAUUCCCAUGCUCAGUUUGGAGACAACAACUACCCAGGUCAAGCGAACUGUGAAUGGGUGAUUGUAGCUGAAGACGGUUACGGGGUGGAGCUGAUAUUCCAGACAUUCGAGAUCGAGGAGGAGGCCGACUGUGGGUAUGACUACAUGGAGAUUUAUGAUGGUUACGACAGCACUGCACCCCGCCUGGGACGCUUCUGUGGCUCAGGGCCUCUGGAAGAAAUCUACUCUGCAGGGGAUUCCAUCAUGAUUCGAUUCCAUACAGAUGACACCAUCAACAAGAAAGGCUUUCAUGCCCGAUACAUAAGUACCAAAUUUCAGGAUGCAUUGCACAUGAGAAAGUAGUUUGACUGCUCCUCACAGCCAUUCCCAUCUGAAGACUGAGACAUUUAACUGUGAUCUUUGUCUUUUUUUUUUUUCAAGCUUCUGUGCACGUGGCCAAAAGCGGUGUACAGUAUUUUCUGUAACUGAAACUAAAUCCAGUCUCAAAGGUUUGCCUCUGAAAUUAUUAGCAUGACCCUUUCUUGUUAACAUACCCAGGACCAAAAAUUGUCUUCUAAUCAUACCUGCCAGGGCAUAAAUGUUGUAUUUUGCACAGCUUGCCAUGGGGCUGAGUGAAGACUGAUAUUGAAUUGAGGAAAGCCUUCAUCCUUGCAUAUCCUGUUUCUAGGUGACAUUUCCUAAGCAUCCUGUACACAUGAGCUGUCUGAACAUAUUUUCUGGAGCAGAUGAUGUGGACAGCCACCCUGUAGGAUUUUCUCAAAGGACCUUGGGAGUCACCCGCUCUCCCCUACCAGCCCAAAAUACUUUGUGCAAUAAGUGAACAACCAGAUGGUUGGGACUCCAUCACUCCUUCUGUCCCAUCUAUUUAUUGUCUUGGUUAUUGUGGAUUGAAAGGUAGGCAGGGGCAUGGGAACAGUCUCUUUAGGGCUGCUAGCUACUUGGAUCACAGUGAACAAGAAGGGCCCAGUGCCUGUUUUGCAGUAAUUGUCAUGGAAUGACAAUGUCAUAUGUUGAAUGGAAGUACUUUGAUACAGUGGCCAAGGGAAAGGUGGUGGCUGACAGGGGAAGUGCUGUGGUGGCAUGCAAGGCAUGACUGUGUAAUGGUGGCAGAACUUAACAGCUGAAUUACUGACAGCGUGCUCCAGUUACACCACCAGACAAGGCAGCUCAGAGGGCCAUGGCAGCAGUCCAGGCCUUGUCUUAAAUAAGGAAUCUCUCCUCAUCACUGCACCCAUGUUUUCUUUCUCAGCCUUCUUUACGCUGCUUCCUUUCCUUAGUACCACUUCCAUGUGAGCCCUUCCUUUUCACAGCUGAGCUGCUCUCCCCAGGGCUCCCCACCACAGCCUAGGAGUGCUCUGCAACAUCAGCUAGCCGGGGUGUCUUAACGAAGGAAGCGCCAGGCCAAAGAUAGUCAGGGUGUUCCUGAGGCAGAGGAACACAGGCCAUCUCUGGUGAGCUCUGGGAACCUGUCAAAGAUGUGCAAGCUCCGGGCACGGGACUAGGAACAGGAGAGCUCUGCUGGUUUCUGCUUCCUCCCUGUUUCUCGCUGGCCUAUGGCCCAGUCACUUAACUUCAUGGCAGGGGUGGAAGCGAGAUGGUGACUUAAGCACUUUGAGCUAUAAGGCUCAGACAUGCUCUGUGUUGCAGUUCUUUAUGUACGUGGAAGCUACUGCGCCAUGGACUUGCAGAUUUAACGGGUAGCUUGGCACUUCUUUGGGAAAAAGUAGGGAAAACUGUGCUUUUGGGGGACCUGCUGUAAUUGAGCUGUUGAUAUGGAAGAAAAAAAAGAGAAGAAAAAAAAAGACUUUAUUCUGAAUGAUAUUUCAUUAAGGCACUCAUGGGCAAUUAUGAGCUAAAAGCUGAGGUAUGUUAGCUUUAAUAAAGUAUUUAUAAUCCAAGGAUUACUAUGUUUACAUAACCAAUGUACUGUCAGGCUCCGGGGUGACACCUCCUCUCUGGUGUAUGACUGCGGAGAAGUGUGGGGCCAGCGCCACUGUCAGGCACAAACGACAUUCCUGGAGAUGGGGGCAUUUCCAGAUGGAUAAUAAAUAGACCCAACCCUCUCCAGAAGUCCUUGAACAGAAUAUGGUCCAAGUAUUGUGAAUACUAGGAGAAGCAAAUGCAUGAAAAUAUUUUCUUGCUUAGAACAAGAAAAAUAAAGUAAUUUAUACACACACACACAAGAUUAUAUGUAUAUAAAAUGUGCAUGUAGAAGACCGGUAGUCAAAGCCUUAAUAAGUGUCAUGUGAAUAAUACAGUACCAUUGACUAUAGCUUUAUUGCAGGCUGUAUAAAACCAUGUUAUUUCUGGUUUGGUUUUUUAGCUCUGUUUUGUUCCUGUUUUCAAAUUUUGUGGCCUUUUACCGGGCAAGACCUCUGAUCUCAAGCUGUUUGACCAUGCAGGUCUGGGGAAGUGAGCUCUGCUAGAUGGGGUCUGCGUUUGUCCUUCUCUUCCUUGCUCCCAUUCAAGCAAAAUCGCAGUGAUACAGGUCUGGAAAUAAAAGUGUGACACCGAUCCCUGUGAAACAGAAGGAAAGUUCCAGGUGGCAAGCGGUGGUUCAGGUUUCCUGUCUCUCUAAGGGGAGCAAUGACUCUGGAGAGAAGUGACUGUAGGAGCUUCCCGUGUACUUUAGCAUCUCUGUUCCAUGUUCUGUUAAUUUCCCAUCUUCCCCAGACCGGUUCACUGCAGAUGCUUGCAAUGUUGUUUGACAGAUCUACUACGCUUGUUAGCAUUCAUGCAGGUGUCUCUUGUGACAGUGUGCUCACAACUGUUGUACUGUGCAUUUCAAUCAAUAGUCUAUGUAGAAUAUUUCUGCUGUACUGACUGGGCUUAACAGUCGAUAAUUCUAAAUGUGCGAAAGUUUCUUAAGAAAAAAGAAAAAAAUGUCAGAUCCUCUAAGGUGUGUAUACGUAUUCUGGUCUUUGUGUGGUUCUACAUUUCACUAACUAAAAUAAAUUUCUAAGAGGGGGAGGAGAGGAGGGUGUUGGGGCAAUCGCAAAUGUAUACCUGUGCCCAGAAUGAGUCUCUGCAUUCAUUAAAGACCGUGGAUUCAGUUGCGCAUUCUGUUGUAUGCAUGCAUUUACCACUUCCUCAAGGGGAGGAAACUUCUUAAUACAUUCCUUGUUCUGCCAACUGUUGUUUGUGUCUACUGCUAAUACUGGGUGGGAUUUACUCUCUGCAGGAAGUGACUUUCCCUUGGGCCUUUAGCUUUGUCUUGGCUUUUGCAAUCAAG